AUGGCGAACCGCACAGAACACACAGGAGCUUCGGCCGACGCCCUUGAAGGCGACGAGUAUCUGAAUGACUUUGUUGCUGGCGACAGCGACGAGGAAGAAGUCGCGCCGGCAGACCUUGAGGACGACGGGGAGCAGGACACCACACCUGUGAGCCGCAAAAGGAAGGCUUCAGAGGAACCACUGGAGGAGAAGGACACAACAACAGCAGCGGAAGAGACUGCUCCGAAGAAGAAGAAGAAGGACCAUAAAGACAGACCAAAGAAGCAAAAGAAGGAUUGGAGCUUGGACCCAAGAAAGGUGUUGGAGGAAGAAGGCAUUCCUCUAAAGGACUGUCGGAAGUUCGAGAAAACGGGAGACGAGCACUUUGCCGAGUUCAUCAGGGAUUAUUUAUUUGCAAAAUCAGCAGCAAAACUUUUCACACAAGACCCCAAGAUCGCCGUAGGAUCUCCCGCAGUAAUAGUGCUUUCUGCCUCUGCCAUCAGGGCGGUGAACGUUGCACGGCUCAUGCGUAAAGUGGGAGAAUGCAAAGUCGCGAAGCUGUUUGCCAAACAUCUGAAGUUGAAAGACCAAGUGGAUGCACUUUCGAAAGAUAGAUUCCCUAUCGCAGUCGGUACGCCAAACCGAGUGUUGAAGCUGAUUGAGGAUGGCGCUCUCAAGCUGGACGAUCUGAAGUAUGUGAUCGCUGACUCCACGUUCAAAGACCAGAAACAACGAGGCAUAUUCGACGUACCUGAGCUGAAAAUGGACAAUUUUACCCUUCUUCGCCACAUCCGCGACAAAGCGGAAUCUGCCGAGAUAUGCUUGUAUUAG